AUCAGUUACUGCACGACUACCAAUAGGAACUACCUAUGCAACAAAUUACAAAAUCACGCUUAAAAUAUUAAACUUUACAUAUUAAAACAUUGUUUUUAUUCUACAAUGAGAGCAUAGUAUUUGGAAGACUUAAAAUCACUCAAUAGAUUAAUUUAUCUAUUUCAACGUCUUGGUUUGGUAUAAAAUAAAAACAGAUAUUUAAAAAAAGAAAGAAAGAAUUUCUUUUUCUUAUCUACCUUUAGGAAGUAAUCGUUAUAUCUUGCAUUAUCAAUAUUUACAUUCUCGUUAAAGUUAUUGAUAGAAUUCGAUUAUGACGGAACAAGAUGAUUCAAGAACUCCAACAAUAUUUAGAAAUCCUAGUUCAACUCUAUCAACAUCUAUGAGAACUAUGUGUAUGACUCAAGAUCCUGAUUUAAGAGCUGAGAGUGUUAAAGAUUUAUUAGCUCUGUUAAAAAAAGGCGAAGAUGAGCAAUUAAGCAAAUAUUCUAGUACCUUAGUCGGUUUGCUGUUCGAAUUAAACCAUAAAGAAGGUUUUCAAGGUCUUGAAAAAGAAUUAGCGCAAUGUUCUGGUCUUGUUGGAUAUUAUCUGAGAGAGAAAGUAUUCUUGUAUAUAAACCUUUGGAAAAGUAAAGUAAGAGCAAGUCAAAUGGCGAGAGAUUUAAUACAUUUAGUUGAUGCUAUCAAAGAGCUUUUAAGAGCUGAUGUUGAUACACGGUAUCUGGAGAUUGAGAAUUCUCAGCAGAAUAAUGUAGACGAUAUCUGUAAAACAAUAUCAACUAUGGUGACUACAACUACAGAUGAAAUUGUCUUUUGCAAGUGUGCCAAAGUUUUUUCAAUAUUCACAAAAGUCUAUCCAGACACAAUGGAAAAAUAUUUUAAGGAAGUAGCGGAAGCAGCUAUUAAUUGGUCAAGAAAUAUAGAAUCAAAAUCGUUUAUAGUAGAGAAAGCUAACGAGCUUAUUAGCUGUUUUACUCCAUUUUGGAGUAAGGAUUUAGAGUUCAGUUUUGCAACAAUCAAAAAGUUAAUACAUGAAUUGAAUGAAUUAGAGCAGAAAUAUUAUACCAGUCAAAAAUCGGAUAAUACCAUUAAACAGUGCGAAAUAAAAGAUGAGAUGAUAUGCGCCUUCUGUAUUUAUGGAAUACUUUUGGAUUGCAUAGGUCGAUUGAUUCCUGAUAGUGAAUUAAGUGAAUUUCUUAUUGCCGAUAGUGUUUUGGAAGCAAUAAUGAAUGGUUCAACAACGGAAGAGGGCCUAUUUAAAAUAGACGUAGGAAUUGAGAAUGAAGGAGAAAAGCAUGCUCAGGGAAAUGAUAAUGUUACUCUAUCAGAGCAAACAAGUUGCUCAGCCGAAACACAGAAUGAAAAAAGAGUAUCAAUCGAAAUCGAAGCUACAGUAGAGGAAAUAGUGGAAAUGCCCUUUAUUAAAUUAGUAACAAUGGAAAGUGACCCUGUAUCAGAAGUCUAAUUGUAGAGAAACAACUCUAAAUUUUCAUCUGGUUAUUUUUUGCAGUGCAGUGUGGUGCAGUGCAGAGCUAUAUUAGAUAAAUUAUUCCUUCAAAAUUAUACAUAAACAUAAAAAAUUUCACUGCAAAAUUAAUAUAAUUAAGGUAUAAUUUAUUUAAUGAAAUCUUGUUCAAAAUGUAAAUAAUAUUUUUAUUCAAGUGAAGUAGUUUUUUUUGUUUAAGUUUUGUUUUUGUAAAAAAAAAAAUGAAUCAAUUAAACCAGAGAUUAUCAAUAAUUAAGUAAUUAAUUAAUAAGGAUAAAAUAAAAAACUCGACAGAUUUUCUUAAUAGAAAAGAUAUUUGCUUCAUUAUAUUUAGAUAAUAGCAUAGUAGGA